UGGAGACUGGGGUCCUGCGAGAUGCAUCUGCGCGGUACAGCCCCGCACGUGUUCAAGCCGGAAGCUCCCGCUGGGGCUGGAGAGUCCUGAGGAUGGAAACCCAGAUGGAGGCUCAGAGCCCCUUAGCCGAGGACGGCUUCACCCAGGUCACCCGCAAGGGUAGCCGAAGGGCGAAGAAACGGCAGGCUGAGCAGCUGUCUGCGACGGAGGAAGGAGGGGGUGCGAGCCACAUGGACACCGAAGAGGCUCGGCCGGCGAAGAGGCCCAUCUUCCCUCCCCUCUCCGGGGACGGGUUCUUGAGUGGGAAAGAAGAAACUAGGAAAAUUCCUGUCCCUGCUAACAGGUACACGCCGUUAAAAGAGAAUUGGAUGAAGAUAUUUACUCCUAUUGUGGAGCAUUUGGGACUUCAGAUACGCUUUAAUUUGAAAUCGAGGAAUGUAGAAAUCAGGACUUGUAAAGAAACCAAGGAUGUUAGCGCUCUGACAAAAGCAGCUGAUUUUGUGAAAGCCUUUAUUCUUGGAUUUCAGGUGGAGGACGCACUUGCCCUUGUGAGGUUGGAUGACCUCUUCCUAGAAACUUUUGAAAUUACAGAUGUUAAGCCCUUGAAAGGAGACCACCUGUCGAGGGCAAUAGGCAGAAUUGCUGGCAAAGGAGGAAAAACCAAAUUCACCAUUGAGAACGUGACCCGAACGCGGAUAGUUCUGGCUGAUGUGAAAGUUCACAUCCUUGGUUCUUUCCAGAACAUCAAGAUGGCGAGAACUGCCAUUUGCAACCUUAUCCUAGGGAAUCCUCCAUCGAAGGUUUAUGGCAACAUUCGCGCCGUGGCUAGCAGAGCGGCAGACCGAUUCUGAUUUCACAUCAGAGCGUCUCACUUUGUAUUUAGACUACAGAGAAAAAGGCUUUCCCCUCCACCAGCGGUCACCAGACACCACAUGAAGAACUUUUCAGUCACGAAUACCAUUAUUAUACUUGUACAUUAAGUAUAAUUUAUCAUGUCUUCUAUUUUAAAUCACAUGUAGCAGAUUUGCAUAGUUUAUAAUCCUCAUUUGGAUGGAAACCUAUCCAAAAAACAGUUCUGUAUUGGUUUCUAAUUUUUUUUAUUUAUAAGUUUAUAACUUCUUAUAAUUUGUUAUACAUUUAUACUUUUUCUCUGUGAUUAAUUAAAAGAAUUACCUGGGAGUUCCUGCUGUGACAUAGGAGGUGAAGUAUCUAGUGUUGUCUCCGGGCAGCGUGGGUUCAAUCCCUGCCCUCGCUCAGUGGGUCAAGGAUCCCACGUUGCCACAGCUGUGGCUUGGAUUCAAGCCCUGGCCCAGGAACUUCAAAGCCAAAAAAAAAAACAAAAACGUAUUAUCUCAGAAAAUCUCUCCAAAACGUGAUUCUUAAUGCUGGCUGGUGUAUAAAUAUUUUAGAAUCAGUCGUAGGCAGCAGUGUGGAUGUACUAUGUGAACUGAGAAAGUCUAAUCUUUGUACCUGUUUUUGCUGUUUGUAAAAUUAAAGACUACACUACAAGGUU